UUCCGGGGAGGAGGCGGGGCUUGGGGCGGAAGCGGCGGCUGCGCGUGCGCGGAUCGUGCCCGGAGCGCCCCUAAAGCGGCGGAACCCCGGGACCAUGAGCAGCUCCGAGGAGGUGUCGUGGAUCUCGUGGUUCUGCGGCCUCCGCGGCAACGAGUUCUUCUGCGAGGUGGACGAGGAUUACAUCCAGGACAAGUUCAACCUGACGGUCAACGAGCAGGUGCCCCAUUACCGGCAGGCUCUGGACAUGAUCCUGGACCUGGAGCCAGACGAGGAGCUGGAGGACAACCCCAACCAGAGCGACCUGAUCGAGCAGGCGGCGAGUGCUCUACGGCUGAUCCACGCCCGGUACAUCCUCACCAACCGCGGCAUCGCGCAGAUGCUGGAGAAGUACCAGCAGGGAGACUUCGGGUACUGCCCGCGGGUGUACUGUGAGAACCAGCCCAUGCUGCCCAUCGGACUGUCGGACAUCCCCGGCGAGGCCAUGGUCAAGCUGUACUGCCCCAAGUGCAUGGACGUUUACACGCCCAAGUCCUCGCGGCACCACCACACCGACGGCGCCUAUUUCGACGGCUUCCCCCACAUGCUCUUCAUGGUGCACCCCGAGUACCGCCCCAAGCGCCCCGCCAACCAGUUCGUGCCCAGGCUCUACGGGUUCAAGAUCCACCCCAUGGCCUACCAGCUGCAGCUCCAGGCCGCCAGCAACUUCAAGAGCCCCGUCAAGACCAUCCGCUGAGGGACCCCCCAAAAACCCCCCCGGGACCCCCAAAACCCCCCCCAGAGCCCCCCCCCAGCCCUGCAA